UGUCAUCCCUCACACGCGCUCACCGGUUACUUACCGGGCAACAGUUGCAUCAUUUGUCAACCGGUGCGAUACAGCAGCCCUACUUCAAUACCUCGAGAACACGGAAUCACGCAUUUGCGCGCGCGUUACACGUUCUGUCGGUUCAGCUCGAGCGCGGUGAGUCAGUGAGGCGGGAUUGGAUUAGUCGCUGUGCGUCGGUCAGUCCUCGUUCUGUUGGCGGUACCGUAACCGGACGGCAUGACACGGAAUGCGGGCAACGAUUAAAGCCAGUCACACAAGUCACAGAGACUGAUACUCGCGGUCGCGGCUUUAUCCGUUUGUGUUUCCUGUAAGGCUGGAAAGAUUGACGCGUUAAGAAGGUUAUUCGGAGGCAGCGCUCACCCUGGAAGCACCAUGGCCGGGGGACGCGAGGAAUCUGUGAAUGGAUCGUGGAAAAAGCAAGUGGAUGAUAUCAGGAAGAUAUUUGAAUUUAAGGAAAUCCUCGGGACUGGGGCGUUUUCUGAGGUGGUCCUGGCCCAAGAGAAGGCCACAGGAGAGAUGUACGCCGUGAAAUGCAUUCCAAAAAAAGCACUAAGAGGAAAAGAGAGCGGAAUAGAAAAUGAGAUUGCAGUGCUGAGGAAGAUCAAGCAUGAGAACAUUGUGGCACUGGAAGACAUUUACGAGAGCCCCACUCAUUUGUAUCUUAUUAUGCAACUUGUGUCAGGUGGGGAGUUGUUUGAUCGUAUAGUAGAGAGGGGUUUCUACACGGAGCAGGAUGCCAGCGCGUUAAUCAAGCCGGUUCUGGAUGCGGUUAACUACCUGCAUUCACUGGGGAUAGUCCACCGAGACCUGAAGCCAGAGAAUCUGCUCUAUUAUAACCCACAUGAAGAAUCCAAGAUUAUGAUAAGUGAUUUCGGGCUGUCCAAGAUGGAGGGCGCAGCCAAUGACAUCAUGUCCACAGCCUGUGGGACGCCGGGAUAUGUGGCUCCAGAGGUAUUAGCACAGAAACCUUACAGCAAAGCUGUGGACUGCUGGUCUAUAGGAGUGAUUGCUUACAUCUUGUUGUGUGGAUACCCUCCGUUUUAUGACGAGAAUGACUCCAAACUUUUUGAGCAAAUACUGAGGGCCGAAUACGAGUUUGAUUCCCCGUAUUGGGACGAUAUUUCUGAUUCAGCUAAAGACUUCAUUAGUAACCUGAUGCAGAAAGAUCCAGAAAAGAGGCUCACUUGUGAAGAGGCUCUUCGGCAUCCGUGGAUAGCUGGUGAUACUGCGCUCUGUAAGAACAUCCACGAAUCAGUCAGCCGGCAGAUGAAGAAGAACUUUGCCAAAGCAAAAUGGCGACAAGCGUUUAAUGCUACCGCAGUGAUCAGACAUAUGAGGCGUCUUCAGCUCGGCAGCAGUAUGGAUUCCUCUCAACACAGGAAGCAGAAUCUAACAUCCAUGCCAGGGAAGAGUCAGUCGGUCGAUGUUUCCUCAGUCAACCGCAACGACUCCCUUGAGGAGGGUGUUAUCUUUGUCUAGGUUCGUCCGAGCAGCACACGCGGCCAUCCACGGUCACUACCAUCAUCACUGGCUCCAAAUGACGUCACUUCCUGUCAGACUGCUCACUUGACUGUUGCACUUUGUGGAAAGACGUGUUUUCUUCUAUUUAACUUCCAUUGUCCACAGUCGCCCAAUCAAACCAGUUUUCCUUUCUGGAAAGCCAAUGGAGUGCUAUGAAACAAGACCGAUUCAUAAAUAGUGGCCUGUGUGAAUUUCAGGGGACUGUUUUAUGUGGCUGUUGAAUGGAGAUUACGAACCUUGAGAUGAAGAACAUCUGCUCUGAGUCUUAAUAGAAGAUAAAGAGGUGUAGAUAAAACGAUUUUCAUUCAUUAAAGAGUUCUUGUAACGUUUUGCUGCUUUAUUUCAACCUGCUGCUGCUUUGAAGAACCAAACGAUAAAGGAUGUGAGAUUCAAAUACAGGCUUUAAACCAGUAGCCACGUUUAUUGUCAUCCAAUAGGUAUAUACUUGAAAUUCGGUCCUGGAUGCGUCUGGCAUUUAUUAAUCUGAGAAUGAAGGAUGUGAAUAUUGUAUAAACAAACAGUAGUGUGUCGUUUAACGUUUUUAUCAGCAAUUUGUUAAUAUCAGUGAAAGAAUCUGGAGUGAUUUGUGUCAAAUGUUUCUGAAGGUAUAAAAUAUGAUGGUGAAAAGUACUAUUUUGUGUAUGUUUUGGAUUUAUUUCGUAAGCUUUGCUUUUUUUAAAUGACUUGGUCACACUUUACAUUGCAGUGAUUAUGUUGCAUUGUAACAUUUUGUGUAAAUGCUGCUAUUGCCACUUACUAUUAAUAGUACAUUAUUAUUAUUAUUAAAUAUAUGUAAUAUAGACACUGUAAUGUAAACUGUUAUCAUAAUUUAGUUCUUUCAAUUGUGGCUAAUAAGGAAAUUGAUAAACGCUUGACCAAUAACGUGUAUGUUUUAUCACAGAUCUAUAUGAAAAGUACCUGCUUCAGUGGCGGACAUUUGUAUUUGCUGAUCUUGUGUUUCAGGGAAGCGAAAACGAAAACUUUUCCAAGUUUAACUGAAGCUGUUUUGAUAUGAUGUGUCCACUGAUAUACGACUGUGAGAGAUUCAAACAGUUUCUGCUCUAAAUCUUGCAUGUCAUCCUGGUCUUCAUACCGGCCCUCUGAAUUUAGCAGCUGCGUGCUGGUUCUUUCAUUCAGGUCGCUGAAAUGAUGUAAGCAGUGUUUUCUCUUUAGUAGAUUUGUUCUGUGGUGAGUGUAUGGUUUCAAAUUUUCAUUAAAGACAAAGAUAACACCAGAUUUAUUGUUGACUUAUUGUGAUGCAACCUAAAGUAGCUGUUACAAAGAUUUACAACAUGAAAUGUUUGUGUUAAAUGUAACACUUUACAUUGUCCCAGCACAAAAUGAAUAAAAAUCGGGUUACUUUGAAUGAUUAAAUGACUUGUGUCAUUAUAGUGUGUGACGAAAUGUUCAAUAGAUUUUAAACUAGCCAUAAAAAUAACAAUUGGCGAGUUUAGUCAUACAGUAAGGGUUAUGAAAGCCUACAUAUGAAUAAACAACCCGAUCUCAUGAAAGUGCGUAUAAAUAGUAGGCCUGCGCCAAAUAAAAACGAA